AUGACUAGCCAUGGAAAUAACUCCACACCAUCGAUUGUAUCCAUACUCUCUGGAGGAAUUGCUGGAGGAGUAGAAGGCGCAGUUACAUAUCCUAUGGGGUUUGCUAAAACUCGAGUCCAACUGCAUACUGGUCCAUCCAAACUACCCCGGAAUCUAUUUCGGAUCGUCCUACAAGUAUAAGAACAAGAAGGUUUAAGAGCUUUAUAUAACGGGUGUGGUGCAUUGGUAUCUGGAUCCAUUGCAAAAGAUGCCGUCCGAUUCGCUUCGUUUGAUAGCAUCAAAAACGUCUUUCGAGAUCCCGAAAGUGGUGUUCUUUCUCCUGCUCGUAACAUGCUAGCUGGCAUGGCAGCUGGAGUCGCAGCUAUUAUUUUCGCUGUCAAACCCACGGAACGGAUAAAAACUGCCCUGAUCGGUGAUGCCCGGUCCACGAGGCAAUACAAUUCUACAAUUCAUUGUAUACGUACCGUUGUCAGAGAAGAUGGUUUUGUAGAUUUGUAUAGAGGUUUCAUUGGCACAACACUCAAACAAGCAUCGGCAACCUUUUUUAGGAUGGGUUCAUACAAUAUUAUCAAAGAUUUUCAGGUCGUACGUGAGAUUCCACAGAAUACUGUUGUCAACUUUGCGAAUGGCGCAGCAGCAGGUGUCAUCACUACUUUGGCUACACAACCUUUUGAUACAAUCAAAACGAAAAGUCAAUCUUCCAAAGUAACAACGACUGCUCAAGCUAUAGUUGGUAUAUUGAAAGAUGGUGGUGUGAGGGCCUUUUGGAGAGGGACAGUCAUGAGAUUAUCACGGACUGUAUUUAGUGGUGGUGUUUUGUUCACAAUGGCGGAAGCUGUGACGAAGAUAUUAAAUCCUAUCUUUGCACCGCGGCAUACUUAUGAGGCUUUCUCUUAA